GUUCCAUACCCCAACAUCCACACCGCUCCGACCACAUCAGACGCGCCCCCGAACCCCCAAAUGUCGUCUGACCGCCCGUCCGACCAGGCAUAUGCCUUAAGGCCUCUCGUGCGCGUAUUGCAGCGUCGGUGCGAGGCCCAAAACACUUCCGCUGGCCCGUAUCGGGAUCGAACCGAUGACCUUGGCGUUAUUAGCACCACGCUCUAACCAACUGAGCUAACAGGCCCACAUCAUAUCCACCAUUCGACACCUUCUCCACAACUGCCGUAUGGCGCGUGUUCCGUCGAUGACGCUGGGGGGACCAGGGUCCAGCUAGGGGCAGCUUCCCGCAGUGCAGCCACCAUGCACAGGGCACGAGUGGCGCUUCGAUGCCCCAGCCAACGCGGUGCCAGCGGCCGUGGGGGCUCGGGCCCCGAAUCCUCGCUGCUGGCCGGCACCACCGCCUCCGCCUCUGGGGCCUACCCCUUCACUCUGUACCCAGACGACUGGAGUACGGCACUGGCGGGUCGGCUGCCGCGGGAGGUGUACGACCACGUGCGGUCCGAGCUCAACGCUGCCGUGGCGCCUCACGCGCUGCCGCUGCGGAUGGGCCUGGGGCGGCUGGAGGAGUGGUUGCUGCAGCCGCUGGUGCUGUGCUUCGGCAACCCGUACCGCACACUGCGCAUCCGCCUGGCCCUGGAGUCCACCAUGACACACCUCAACUCCCACUACAGCCAGCAGCAGCAGCAGGGGCAGCAGCAGGGGCAGCAGCAGGGGCAGCAGCAGGGGCAGCAGCAGGGGCAGCAGCAGGGGCAGCAGCAGGGGCAGCAGCAGGGGCAGGGGCAGGGGCAGCAGCAGGGGCAGCAGCAGGGGCAGCAGCAGGGGCAGCAGCAGGGGCAGCAGCAGGGGCAGCAGCAGGGGCAGCAGCAGGGGCAGGGGCAGGGGCAGCAGCAGGGGCAGCAGCAGGGGGAGCUCAGGGAGGGGCAGCAGCAGGGGCAGCAGCAGGGACCGGGAAGGGAGGGGCAGGGGCCGGAACGGCAGCAGGGUCGAGCGCCAGUCGCCGUGGCGGCAGGAGGGGCCCUGACAGAGGUGGAGCUGAGCCAGCACCAGCACCAGCAGACGCACCAGCACCAGCACCAGCAGCCGCAGGCGGCUGGGCCCGCGGUGGGCGUGUCUGCCGCUGCCGGCCGCAUGGCGGCCAACAGCAGCACUGGCACUGGCGGCACUGGCACUGGCACUGGCACUGGCGCUGGCACUGGCGGCACCGGCAGUGGCGCUACCAGUGCCGGUAGUGGCGAAGGGGCGGGUGGCGCAGGGGCGGGUGGCGGCAGCGGCACUGCCAGUGCAGGGGCGGGUGGGCUGGAGCUGCGCCUGUCCUGGCACCGGGACCCGGCAGGUGCGGGUGGGCAGCUGCUGGGGCUGGGGCUGGGCCUGGGGCUGGGGGCGCGGCUGCGGCUGGACCUGGAGUUCAGCAGCGACCUGUGAUUGUGAGGCAGGCAGCUGGAGGGCGGGCGGCGGGGGGCGGGGGGCUGAUGAUGGGCAUUUAAAGCUGAGCCGUCCAUGGAAGCGAGAGGAGAGAAGGCAGGGGCAGGUGGGCUGCUGGUAGCGGACUGCAAGGCCCAAUCAUACGUGGGGACACGGCAUCGGGGGAGAGUGUGCAGCUGGGUGGGUCAGUGGCUCAGUGCAGCGGCGGCGCCUGGUCACCAUGCCCAGUGUGUGUGUGUGCACGUGCGGCACACGUGGCUCACUUGUGUGCCUACCGAUUACGAGUGGUGCUGUGGCCUCGUGGCGGGCGCCGUGUGUGGCGGGCGCCGUAUGUGGCGGGCACCGUAUGUGGCGGGCACCGUAUGUGGCGGGAACCCUAGCUCGGCCGUACUUGGAUUGGGGGUUGCCGAAGUGGGAGGUGGUGUGCGGGUGGGCCGCCGGUCACAGGGUCGAAAGUGACAACACCGCAGCAGUGAGUGGGCGUGCGCGGGCGUGAGCGAGGCAUAUGUGAGUAUCUAUUUAUGUGUGUGAGUGUGUGUAUGCGAGAGUGAAAGCCUUAGCGCGUACUCAUUAAACAGCUGACGCAGAUAGGGUGCGAGGCCGGCCGGCGCUACUACUGAUGCAGUCGGAGCGCUGCGAGUGCAGCACAACCAUUCAUUCCUAGCUGCGAAUUCGAAUGAAUGUUAAACCGUGGUGUGAACAUGGGAGCAUGCAUGAGUUGCAUCAGUGUUGUGAACGUGCGCGAGAGCAUGCAUGCAUGGGGAGUAGAGGGUUAUAGGUGCAGUGCAGUGUGUGGGCCCACGGUGUAGGCCCCAGGUGUGGACACACACACGACCUGUAGCCGGACACAGCGUUGAGCUUGUGAUUGAUGGGCAUACCGUAGUAGGCUGUAGGCUGUAGGCAGAUGUGCUGGCGGUGCCGCUGGGUGGAGCCGCUGGUGCUACUAGCUGGGGGGGGGGGGGUGAAGGUGCCCUACGUACCGUUGUGACACCUACCGGCCAGCUGCACGAGUCAACAGUAGUAUUUAUGCGGCGGUCUGGUGUCCAUUCAUGUGAUGUUGUAGACUGGAAGCGUAGCGUGCCCUCAGGCAAAAGUUUCGCUCCCACAACACACUGGGGCUUCUAUGGCCAGUGGUUAUUUCCAACAACAGGCAGAGGCGCGGGCAAAGGCCCGUAUGUGUUGUGCUUGCACGCUCAAUUUACGAC